AUGCAUCUAGAUACAGAAGUAGUGACUAUAGCACAGACUUCCGGACUUUUUGCUUCCUACUUCUCAUUGGUAUAUAAAACUAUCAAUUUAAACCCGAAUAAUCUAGCAAGCAUCUCAAUUGAACAUUAUUCUCAUUUACCCUCUAUGAUCAUGUUCUCUGAAGAUUAUGUAAUUAAUGGAUUAAAUAGUUUGUCUUCAACUCGCAGUAAAGGUCCGGAUGACAUAGCUGCUAUUCUGCUUUUCAAUUGUCAAAUAGCAUUAAGUACCCUUCUUACAUUGUUAUUUAAUAAAUCUCUCCUACAAAGAACUUUCCCUGCAGUUUGGAAAAUCAGCCGAAUUAUAUCAAUCUUCAAAUCAGGUGAUCCCACCGACAUUACUAAUUACAAGAAAAUCUCAAGAAAAUUGAACAACAGUUUACAUCAAUAUUAUCCAUUGACCAACAUGGGAAACCACUAA